AUGGGCAACUACAAAGUCGGUAAUGACGCCUCUAGUGUCAACACCCAUCUGAAGAUGGCCCUCAAGAACGGAGUCAAGAAGGGAGUUCUCAAACAGGCCAAGGGUACAGGUGCCAGUGGUUCCUUCAAGCUGGGAGAGAAGCCCAAGACGGAGAAGAAACCCAAGACCAAAAAAGUCACCAAACCUAAGGCUGCCAAGCCCAAGAAAACGACCAAACCCAAGAAGACAACCGGGGAGAAAAAGCCAACAGAAAAGAAAAAGGCUGUUAAGAAACCUGCAGCACCCAAGAAGGCCAAGUCUCCCAAGAAGAAAGCAGCUACUAAGUCUCCCAAGAAAGCCAAGGCAGCUCCAAAGCCUACGAAAACCAAAGCGCCCAAGAAAGCCACAGCCAAGAAGUCAAAAACCCCAAAGAAAGCCACCAAGGCGUAG